AUGAUGGACAGUAGGAUACUGGAUCACCCUCAUGCCCAGUUCGGGGGCUCUCUGAACGGGAUGGUGAGCUUUCCUUACCAUCUAAGCCACCACCAUGUGUACGAACUAGCCGGACACCAGCUCCAGUCGGCGGCCGCUGUUCCUUUCUCCAUAGACGGAUUACUGAACGGUUCCUGCACAGCCUCCGUGGUUAACUCGAACCCUGGCUGCGGUAUGAAUGGUGACAACCAGCAGUACAAACUUACAGAUUCGGGAGAUCCAGACAAGGAUAGUCCUGGUUGUAAAAGGAGAAGAACCCGCACAAAUUUCACUGGAUGGCAACUUGAAGAAUUAGAAAAGGCCUUUAAUGAAAGUCACUAUCCAGACGUUUUUAUGAGAGAGGCACUUGCUCUGAGAUUGGACUUGAUCGAGUCAAGGGUCCAGGUUUGGUUUCAAAACCGUAGAGCUAAAUGGAGGAAAAAGGAGAAUACGAAGAAGGGACCGGGCCGGCCGGCACACAACUCCCACCUAACUUCAUGCAGCGGAGAGCCCAUGGACGCCGAUGAAAUCGCCCGGAGAGAACACGAGAGAAUGGAGAAGAAAAAGAGAAAGCAGGAGAGGAAGCUACAGAGGUCACAGAACAAACUCCUGUCGUCUGAUUUAUUCCACACCCCGGGAUCAGACAGCGACAGCGGAGUGUCGCAAGUGACGGACAGCGAGCAAUCCACGCAUAUAGCACACCCUAACCCCGCAGGACGCAACCAAACUGAAUCAAGCUGUGACCAAACGCUACAAAACCUCCAGAACCAAAGAACUCUGGGUAAGGAUGCUAGAGAAGCAGAGCUGGACUCCGACAGCAGUCAUAACUCCAACAGCAGAACAUCAGGGCUUCAGAAAUUAAACCCAUUUAGUGUGGAAAGCCUUCUAUCAGACUCAACUCCACGGCGAAAACCCACCUUGGAUUUCCCUGCCUUAUCUACCCCGAGGCCUUUAAUAGGAAAAGGACAUUUCCUGCUAUACCCCAUCACCCAGCCGCUUGGUUUUAUUGUACCUCAGACUGCUCUAAAGACACCACCAGAUUCCAGUAAUUCAGGACAAAGAGUCCCCACAACUGAAAGCCAUCCGGCCCAAACAUGUUUUGCAAAUACAAGCCGAGGAUGCGCUGAUAAAAAUAAUACUUAUAUGAACAAUGACGAUGUAAGUGACAGUGGGACUGCAGACGAAGUUGCCGGAGCGAAACCGGGCUCUCCGCAGAAUGAUCCGCUCCAAACCGUUCUGGCUAAAACUGGGGACCCCCACUUUUUGGAAUCCUCCGCUGAUAAUCAUUCACUGAAAUCGGAAUCAAAUCACGUCCGGCCGAACUCGCCACAUUCAGACUCGAAAGAAAAGUUGAUACAAGAUAUUACAAACAGUCCCUUGACAAUAAAAGACAGCGGUGCACCAGAAACAAUCACAGACUGUGAGGAUGUCGAUAUGGACUAAUGCACAGAGAAAUAAAAUUAAAAAUAAUAAAAACAUAAAUAACGACAAAUUACAAUUGCGUUAAGAGAACGGCUAAAUACUUCUCACAUUCCCAAAGCUGAAUAUAACAUAAACAACUUCCUGCCAUAUCGGUAUAUGAACUCGUCUCGAAGUCGAUAUAUUGAUACAACAAUUCUGAUUCAGGUUAAAGAAAAAAAAGCUAUAUGUGUUUAUCUUUUAUGUGGCUUACGGAAAUGUUUAUUCGGAUAUUAGCAGCAGGACCUUCUUGUGGUAUCUGUAAAAAAGUAACAACAAAAAUCCUCACGCACUAAAUAAGGAACGUUAAAAUAUUUCUAUAUGUAACCUUUUGAUAAAUAAAGUUAUUGUAAAAUGAA